CCGAGACAGGACAGGAGUGUCCAGUACUUCGCAAGUGUUUGUGAAGUGUGUUUUAUCUGAAGUUGUCAAGUUUCCAAGUGUUUUCUUCGACAGGGAAAACGGAUAUACAUUCAUCACUUCUGAGACAUUUCAAAGAGGAUAACAAGAUUGACGGCGUUCAGUUCCGUGAACACAUCAUGCCAAUGACGAUCUGCACAAAGCCUGUACCCGUGCGUGUCCCAUCUCCAAACAUGCAGCAGCAGCAAUCCCAUCUCCGGCUGGAGAGGGAGCUGUCUCAGACAUUUGAGAGACUCCGGCACAUCCACUCGCACCCCCCACCUCCGGAGCCUACGGAUGUCAUAUGCCUUGCUGCUCAUCCACACCGACCGAUACUUGGACCGGACCCAGCCUGCCUUCCCUUCCCUGGUCAACAAGGGGAAGUCGUGUCCUCCUCCUCCUCCUCACCGUACUCGUCCCUCACCUCCUCUUCCUCGCCUUACUCCUCUCUCACCUCCUCUUCCUCCUCCUCCUCCUCCUCCUGCUGCUCCUCCUCGAUAGACAACUGGAGUAAGAACGGGAGCCCGCGGCAGAGGAGGCGGGUGGUGUUCGCCGACUCCCUGUGUCUGCCCCUGGCGGACGUGAGGGUGUUCACCUGCGAGCCACCGGACGACGCGGCCCCGCCGUGCCCCAUGGCACUCAGGAGAGGUCAAAGGUCGUUGGCUGUGCGUGGGAAGCAGCCGUGCCAGCAGCACCAUUCAGCAGCGGCGAAUGUCCCUCAGGCCUGUGCGGAUUUCCCACAAUUCCCAGCGAGACAAGUGCAGGAUAAACGGACACUGCAGGCUCACAAUGACACUUUGCGUCGGGUGAACAAAACUUGCCCGAGGGUGCCACUGCCACAGACAAUGGCCAAAGCACACGCGCAUCCUCCAUCAUCAUCACACACACAGAUCACAGAACACACACACCCCGCCGCGUGCUCACACCCCCCACUGGAACAAGCACAGGUCUUGGGGCACACUCCACCGAUGGGUCACACACAGCGCUUCGCACACACACUACUGCCUAAAGCACACGCACUCUCUCCGUCACACACACAGGGUCAAAGAGCCACGUACACUGCCGGACACACACACGCCCCAGCAGAACACGCACAGCGCAUCUCACACACGCUACCUAAAGCGCACACACUUCUUCAUGCUUCGUCGUUACAACAAAGACCACAGGCCACAGCAGAACACACACACCCUGUACUCAGCACACAACAACAGCCAACAACAGCGUACACACCCUCGCACACACAUCAGUUUGCACACACCCUCCCCAAAGGACUCGGGCAUGCUCCAGGAGGAGGAGGCACCCAGGGCAGCCCGCAGCAGCGUCACCCCAGCUGUGGACACCUGGUGUCGGGCACGCGGCAGCCCCUGGCCCCCGUCCCUGCUGGCUGGCCCCCCAGGAGCAGAUCGCCGCAGCUCCAGGCUCAGCCGGGCCCGGGCAGCCUUCCACACGUCCAGAACUUUGCCGGGCACAAAUGGGCCUUGCAGGAAGGCAUGAUGGCGGUGCACUGAACGAACGGUGACUGUGUGUACGUGUACUUUCGGGGACAACAUUUCUGCUGUCAUGUGCAGUGUGCCGUCUAACGGUAGGGACACAUACACGCGAAUUUGCUAACUUUGCCAUUCAUUCCUAUGAGAGAGGCGAAGGCAGGCGAAAGCAAGCGAACAGGAGCGAAGCGAAGCGAAAUUAUUAAAGAAAGUUUAAUGUUAUGCAAAUGAGGAGCGAAUUCGCCUGCCGCGGCCCAAUCAAAUCAACAGCUUGACUGUUCCAUUCCAUUUGAUUCGCCGCGACGACCUGAUGACGGUUGGAUUUCGCCUCUCUUCGCUUCGCUCGCUUCGCCUCCCAUGUGUCCCUACCGUAAUUCUGAACUGACCGGAUGUCCUAUGCACAGAUAUCCUAAUCUGGAUCCUAUGGUGGCACUAAUAGGACAAGUAGGGGCGAAGGAGGGGUAUCCAAGGGCUUGAGCGUGCCUCUUAACCAAAAUGACUGUGUUACUGUGGACUGGAGCCUGCUUCACUCAUCAUAGGCAAGGCAAGAUUAGUUUGUUAAGUACAUUUCAUAGAAAGAGACAGCUCAGUCAGUAUGUGAACUGUGAACUGUGCCCUGUUUUUUUUUUUCGGGAUGAGCUAUAAACGGCUCUGAUAUGGGUUCAGGCCCCUCAUGGAUAAUAGUUGUAAGCAGGGCUCUAAAUUAACUUUUUUCAUCACCAGCCAAAAUGGCAAGUAGAUGUUAAUUUUACUAGUCAAACACACACUCACUGAUGGGUGAAAGUGGCUGGUAAGUUGGUCUUUUUCACCAGCCAAACUGAAAUUUCACCAGCAUUUGGCCGGUUGGCUGCUGUUAAUUUAGAGCCCUGGUUGUAUGGUAAAGGGGGUGUUGCUGAACUUUAACCCAGCACCUUCACCUACUUUGCUAAGUGAACUGUGAGCCGUUGUUGAUGUAUGUGAGUCCCUCACCACUGCUUACCACAAGUUCUGAUCAACAGCAGUCUGGACAUUUGAAUAUAUUUUUAAAUCAUUAAUUCCAUUGCAGAACUAUGUUUCAACGAUAAGAUUUUCAAGAAUCUUCGAUGGAAUAAUUGUUUUUGUUUGUUUGUUUGUUUUUUUAAAUGAUUUCAAGUGUGCAGACCAAUGCCAAUCAGUUCCUGACCACUCCCGAUAUCCUGUACUCCAUUGCUGUAGUCUGUGGUUUUUUCCUCUUGGUUUGCCAAAACCCACACCCGCAUCCGCUUUGCUAAUACUCCUAAGCGUUGAAACCACAUCAUGCCACUCAGAGGCAUUGUGGGUUACACACCCAGACAAAAAGCAUUGUGUCUAGAGAAAGAGGCGCACCUUGCAUCAACUGAGCAACUGUUGCACACUGAGGAAGGCACACACCGAAACGCGUCUGUGCACACAAAAUAAAAAAUAAAAACACUUCGUUGCAAGGUGCACCCCUUUCUGUUGGAUUUUAAAUGUUUUAUUUGGGCCAGCACCUUUUAUAAUUAAUCAAGAAACCCUGAGUGAAGCCUGCUACCUGCUACAAUUGGUCUAGAGAAAGAGGAAAAUAAUAGGAUUAAUGGUAUUUUCCCAUCAUGCACUACAUAGAACCAGCAGUGUUAUGUAUGUGUAUAUAUAGUAUGUGUGUGCAUUUGUAUGUUGGCUUCACUUCAUAUGUUUCUGUGUAGUGCGUGUGUUAUAUUUUGUUAGUCAAUUUGUUAAGACUACUGCUACUACUAUUUGUAGUUUGAACACAUCUGUCAGACACAGAACAAUAAGCGAAUCCAAGAGUGAGUUACAGUACCAUCAGGUGUGAGUGUGAUUAAUGUGGUGUCUGAAUGUGUGUUGAUAGUGUAUAUACAAUGUUAUUGCUUAUUUAUAUUUAUUUAUUUAUAAUUUUUAUGAGUUUCUCUUUUCUUUUCAUUGCACUUUCCCUUGUUCGCCAAGAACAGUUUCAACUGAAGUCAUAUGUCAAAUUUGUUUGCUCAACUGGAUGUGAGAUGUUGCAAUAAAUAUGUCACAGACAGUCACAAGU